UUGGUCAGCACGCCGGACUUUGCCUUCCAGAAAACUCAGCCCAGAGUCAAAUCUGCUGCCAGCGCAGACAGUGGCGAUGACGAAGAUAGUGAGUACUUGGAUCGCUCCGCUGAGAUAAGUGAAAUUGAUGAAAGACUGGAUCGACUGCAACAGUUAAUGAAAGCCACUAUGCCGUGA